UAGGUUAUCAGUUUGUUGGCUUCUAUCCCUUGUCUCAAUUCUCUUUAUUAUUUUUUUUGGUACCGCCCAUCCAAAAGCUUCAUCGACGUUCUAUCUAUGAGAUUCGUCUGGGCAGGAUUUCAUCAUCAUCAUCGUAAAUCUGGUGGGGAGCUCAGAUCUAUUACGUUAUUGUCUAUUUCGUUGGCUUGACUCAUUUAUCUCGUAUUUUUUCGUUGCACAAUCAAUUCGUAUCUUCCGAUUCGGCAAAUUAAUCAGCGACUGCUCUUCUUCCCCUCAAUCAACUUCAUUGCCAUGAGGAUGCCAUAUUCGCGGGUAAAGCGUUCAAAGUCCAAGGCAAAUGAUCAUGAUAAGAGGAAGAUGAGCCUGGAGGAGAAGUAUAAACUAGGAGUAGGAUUGGAGACUUUGCCGCAGCAGAAGCUGGAGCAGGUUAGGCAAUUAGCAAAGAAGAGGAAUUGCCAUUUGAGGCAAGAUGGAGAUGUGAUUGUGCUCGACCUUGACACUCUUGAUACAGAGACUCUGUGGGUGCUCGAUCGAUUUCUUCACAGUUUCAAGAAAUUGGCGAGAAAGAGGAUUAGGCGUCGUCAAGCAGUAGUAAUGGGUGGCAACAGUACUGCUUCAAUUGGUGGCGGCGUAAGUGAAGGCAACAAGUUAUGUUCACAGUUCAGGACACUGUUAAAAGUUGGAUAGUAUAAUACUAAUUCCAACAAUUAUUGAUAUAGGAUUCGUAAGCUCUUUUCCAAGUUGUAUUGAUUUCUCUUUGCCCUUCUUGAUAUAUUCACUGGGUUAGUACCAUUUCUAUUAUACGAAUGAACGAGAAGCUUUCAA